AAGAACACAGUGACAGAGCAUCUGCAGAAGCGCUACGCCAACGAGCAGAUCUACACGUAUGUGGGAGACAUCCUUAUCGCAGUCAACCCCUUCCACGAGAUCAAUCUCUACACUCCUGAGCACUCAAAGAUGUAUAUCGGUGCCAAGCGUCCGGUGAAUCCUCCGCACAUAUUUGCCAUCGCUGACGUCGCCUACCAGUCCAUGGUGUCCUCCAACGCUGACCAGUGUAUAGUAAUCAGUGGAGAAAGUGGAGCCGGGAAGACAGAAAGCGCUCACCUCCUGGUCCAGCAGCUCACCGCCCUUGGCAAGGCCAACAACCGGACUCUCCAAGAGAAGAUCCUGCUUGUGAACAACCUUGUCGAGGCAUUCGGAAACGCCUGCACGGUCAUCAAUGAUAACUCCAGCCGCUUUGGGAAAUAUUUGGAGAUGAAGUUUACAAGUGGAGGAACGGUGGUGGGAGCACAGAUCUUUGAAUACCUGCUGGAGAAAUCCCGUGUGAUUCACCAGGCUGCCGGAGAGCGUAAUUUCCACAUUUUCUACUACAUCUACGCUGGCCUGGCCGAGAGAAAGAAGCUGGCUCACUACAAGCUCUCCGACAAUACCACUCCAAAGUACCUUCAGAACGAAAACAUCAAGCUUGUGCCUGACAUUGUAGGCAACGAAUCCUACAAGGAGCAGUUCGAAGCGGUGGAGCAGUCUUUCAAAGUCAUCGGCUUUACCCUCGAGGAGCUGGGAAGCGUGUACAGCAUUGUGGCAGCCAUCUUGAACACCGGAGAUAUCGAGUUCGAUUCAGUGGCUACGGAGCAUCAAACUGACAAAAGCAACAUUGCUAACAUGGCCGUGUUAGAGACUGCUGCCACAUUGCUGUGUAUCCGUUCGGAUGAGCUAAGGGAGGCUCUGACUUCGCACUGCGUGGUGGCUCGGGGUGAAACCAUCGUCCGGCCCAACACGGUCGAGAAAGCCACAGAGGUGCGGGACGCCAUGAGCAAAGCUCUGUACGGACGCCUUUUCAGCUGGAUCGUCAACCGCAUCAACACCCUGCUGAGACAAAAUAACCAGACUGAAGAGGAAGACAAGGAGCAAAACAUCGGCAUCCUGGACAUCUUCGGCUUCGAGAACUUCAAGCGUAACUCUUUCGAGCAGCUCUGCAUCAACAUCGCCAAUGAGCAGAUUCAGUUCUACUUCAAUCAGCACAUAUUCGCCUGGGAGCAGGACGAGUACCUGAACGAGGGCGUUGACGUCCGAGUGAUUGAGUAUGAGGACAACCGACCCCUGCUGGACCUUUUCCUGCAGAAGCCCAUGGGCAUGCUGUCACUGCUGGAUGAGGAGAGCAGGUUCCCCCAGGCCACCGAUCAGACCCUUGUGGAAAAAUUUGAGGACAACCUUAAAUCUAAAAACUUCUGGAGACCAAUGAGGGUUGAUCUUGGCUUUGGAAUCACCCACUAUGCUGGAAAGGUGAUCUAUAACACUUCCGGGUUCCUGGCUAAGAACCGAGACGCUCUUCCUGCUGACAUCAUCCUGCUGUUGAGGUCUUCAGAGAAUGAGCUGAUCAGCAAACUCGUCACUAAUCCACUUACUAAAACAGGUAAUUUAGCUCACACAAAUGGAAAGGGGACAGAGUCACGUCCGCGGUCUCCUCAGCGCUCUUUAAACAUCGUCAAGAUGGAACUGCUGAUGUUGUACAAACUCCUGUCAGUCAGUGAGGGGGAGAACGGUGCAGAAAGCAUUCAUCAUCCCCGUGAGACCACCAACAUGAGAACGCAGACCGUGGCCUCCUAUUUCAGAUAUUCACUGAUGGACCUGCUUUCGAAGAUGGUGGCCGGACAGCCGCACUUCGUCCGCUGUAUCAAACCCAAUAACGACCGGCAGGCUCAAAAGUUUGACAGGGAAAAGGUGCUGAUUCAGCUGCGCUACACCGGCAUCCUGGAGACGGCUAAGAUCCGCAGACAGGGCUACUCUCACCGCAUCCUCUUCGAAAACUUCGUCCAGAGAUACUACACGCUGGCUUUCCGUGUGAACGAGGAGCCGGCCGUCAGUCCUGAGACAUGUGUAGCUAUCCUGGAGAAAGCCAAGCUGGAGAACUGGGCUCUGGGCAAAACAAAGGUCUUUCUGAAGUAUUAUCACGUAGAGCAUUUGAACCAGAUGGUCAGGAGAAACAUGGACUUGAUCGUGCUGUUGCAGGCGUAUGUAAGAUGUUGGCUGGCUGUCAAAAACUACCGAAUUACUUUGGGGAAGAGAGCUCAGAGUGCUGUACUCCUGCAGUCAGUAUGCCGAGGAUAUCUGGCGAGGAAGAAGUACAAAGAGUUAGUGGAUGAGAAGAACAAAGCUGCUACAGAGAAUGAAGAGAAUACAGGAGAGGCGAAAGAGGACAAGUCCGACCAAGAGGGCGGCGCCAAACAUUCCGAGAAUAUUGAAGAAAAUGCCCCUCCGUCUGCAGAUCAACCUGAAGGUGCAUCACCAGGAGAAGAUUCUGCACCGAACGAGGAAGUAAACCCCGAGCAGGAGGCCAAAGCAGCUACAGUUAUCCAGAGCAAUUAUAGAGGAUACAAAGAACGCAAGCGGCUUCAAGAGGAAGGGCAGCUCCCAGUGACGGAGAAGAAAGACGCAGUUUCCCAAACUGAAGAAAUUCCUUCUGAAGAAGAGAAGGCAGCAGAGGCAGAAAAAGAGGGUCAAAAUGAUGGCCCUAAAGAUGCACCAGGAGCUGAAGAGAAAACAGCAGAAGAGUCGAAUCAAGAAAACCCUGAGACGGAGAAAGAACCAACAGAAAAUACAUCUGAAGGACAGAACGGAGAGGAAGAAAAGAGAAGAGGUCCAAGACGCCGAGUCAAAGCCAAAUGAGGACGAGCAAGCACAGAUAGAGAACUUUGAAAGCUUUUCCAUGCAUAUAAACAACGUCUCUCAGGACUUCCUGACGCUACAACAUAAGCUGAAUCAGAUCAUCAUGGCUCAUCAUAUCAACCCAACCAGCAACGGCAUGUUUACAAGAGGACAGGCUACGAACGGGUCUACAGGGAACGAUCAAC